AUUUAAAUUUUCCAGCGUCACAAAACAAGAAACCACACUACUAAAGAUAUGUGAAUGCUACCGGACCUUGCUUCUAUAUUAGGACGCUCGUAAGCCAUUGAAAGAGCACAAAGUUUACGAAUGGAAGGCUAUAGUUCAGUCAUUUUGAUAAUUGCUGUUCUUUCUAUUCUUCUACUCAAAUUAUGGAUGAAACGAAAAAGUGGUGCAACACGAAGAAUGCCUCCAGGGCCACCAGCUUGGCCAGUUGUUGGUAACAUAUUUGAUCUCGGCACCAUGCCACAUCAAAGCCUAUACCAACUCCGACAAAAGUAUGGACCAGUUCUUUGGCUAAAGCUUGGUUCAGUUAAUACCAUGGUUAUUCAAUCUGCCAAAGCCGCAGCUGACUUGUUCAAGAACCACGAUCUCACAUUUUCUAACCGUGCAGUUCCUGAUGCGAUGACAGUUUGGAGCUACAACCAAGGAUCACUAGGCUUUGCUCCAUACGGUGCAUACUGGCGCAUUCUAAGGAAGAUCUGCUCCACGGAGUUCCUUGUAAACAAACAACUCAACAAAUCAAUUGAGCUCCGAGAGAAGUGCGUAGACAAACUUGUACACUGGAUUGAAGAGGCCUCAGCAGCAUCACGCGAUCAAGGAGGGUCAGGUGAGGUGGAACCAGCACACUUGUUGUUUCUUAUGUCGUUUAAUUUAGUUGGAAAUUUGAUGCUGUCAAGAGAUCUCCUGAGCGUAGAAUCAAAGGAAGGGGAAGACUUCUUUAGGGCAGUGAACAGGGUCAUGCAACGGGCUGGGAAGCCUAAUCUGGCUGACUUUUUUCCUCUAUUGAAGUGGAUUGAUCCACAAAGUGUUAGGAGAAAGAUGAAGAAAGAUUUGGGAACUGCCAUCGAUAUUGUAGCCAGCUUCGUCCAAGAUAGAGUUCAGGAGAAUACGGCAGGGAGCCACAAGGUGAAGAAAGAUUUUUUGGAUAUGCUGUUGGAGUAUCGAGGAGAGGGCAAAGAGGGGCCAAGAAUUAUAUCCCAGAAGAAUAUAACUUUUAUCAUAGUGGAAAUGUUUGUUGCUGGCUCAGAAACUACAAGCGUGACAGUUGAGUGGGCGUUAUCUGAGUUAAUACGCAGCCCUCAGUGUAUGAAGAAGGCUAAAGAUGAACUUGAAAGGGUUAUAGGAGCAAGAAGAAAGAUCAAAGAAAGUGAUAUCGACAAACUGCCUUAUUUGCAGGCAGUGGUGAAGGAAACCCUGAGAUUACAUCCCGCGGUUCCUCUACUAGUCCCACGAUGUUCAAUGGAAGAUGCCAACUACAUGGACUAUUUCAUACCGGUUAAUACACAAGUUUUUGUGAAUGCAUGGGCGAUUGGAAGGGAUUCUGAUGCUUGGGAAGAUCCCUUAUGUUUCAAUCCUCAGAGAUUUUUAGGCUCGAGUAUUGAUUACAAAGGCCAUGAUUUUGAGUUUAUCCCAUUUGGCUCAGGUCGGCGAAUUUGCAUUGGCAUGGAUUUGGCUCACCGCGUAGUGCACCUCAGCCUGGCCACCUUGUUGUGGUCAUUUGAUUGGGAACUUGACGUUUCGGUCAGUCUGGAGACUUUGGAUAUGACAGAGAGGAUGGGAAUAACACUGAGGAAGCUGGUACCUCUAAGAGCAAUACCCCAAAAAAGGGAAUUGUGUGUGGAUCACUAACACUGAUUUAGUCACAGGCUCCAUGGGCGCAAGUUUGUGUAAUAUGUUGAAUGACCCGUUUCAAAUGUGUGUUCGUUGUUUGUAGUAAGAAUAAAAUGAGAGUCAAUUUACAAAUACAAGCAUUUGCAA